AAAUAUCAAGUGAUGUAGUUCGAAUUGAUCUGAUAACGACCAACUAUUUCACAAAGAAACAAGCGUUAUCAAAUCGUAAUCUGUCGUGUUAUGGACCUUAUGUAUCUAAGAUAAUUCAGUGAGCUUGAUUAUAUUUGGUAUCAAAUUAUAAUCAGUGAAAUUAGCUCAAAGUUAAAAGAGAAAUUUCCAGUUAACAAUUAGUAUUGCAAUCUGACCAAAAAUGCGAGAUGUAUUCGGUUUUGAAAAUCAAAGCAAGUUAUAUAACACUUUCAGACCGGAAUAUCCGAAACCACUGGUGGAUUACGUAAUUUUGAGUGUUACGUCAACCCACCCUCCUGGGCUGUGCGUGGAUGCCUGCAAAGGUGCUCUGGACUCGUGUGUGGUGGAUGUGGCCUGUGGCACUGGGUUGUUCACGCGGCAGAUUGCCCCCUACUUCGACAAGGUGGUCGGAUUAGACCAGAGUGCGGCGCAGCUGCAGUUGGCCAUCGAGUGUCCCGAUUUGUACGAGAACAUUUCAUAUCUCAAUUACGACGCGUAUGAUCUAACCGGUGCUCUAGACAAACUGGAAAUCAAGAGCAGUGACGUCACACUAGUAACAAUUGCACAAGGCUUCCAUUGGCUCGAUUUCGACAAAUUCGUCAGCAUGCUAACUGAGAAUCUUCCUUCCAAUACAAUCUUCGCUCCUAUUGGCUAUAGUCGGCCUCACGUUAUGAAUAAAGAGUUCCUAUUGGACGAAAGUUUAAAAGAAUGUCUAUGCAAUCCAGAUAUCGUGCUAAGUGAAUAUGAUGAAAAGUUUACCACUUACGAAAAGAUGAUUAACAGCUUGUUUGAAUUUUUGCUUCCAUAUUUCGACUUUAAUCGAAGGGUUCUGGAAAAAUUUUACCAAGAUCUCCCUUUCGAAGAUUACUUUGAAAGUCGAGAGUUCAAAAUGUUCCCAGAAAUCUUAGAAACGGACUGGUAUCGAUUCCAACAAUUUAUUUUCUCCAUCAGCGCCUACAGAAUUUGUCUCGAGAAAAACGAAGACGAAAUAGCUGCUGGAACGUUUGACGAUCCGUUGGUAAAACUGCUGAGGUUCGUUUUGGAAACGGAAGGAAAACUGGAUCUGACAAACAGUUCUGAUUUCACCUCUGCAGAAGACGCAGAAGUCCUCAAAACUAUCAAAUUUGACAUUCUCUGGAACUUCUUUGUACACAUUUUGAGCAAUUAAUUUGUCUGAUAUUUGAACCAUGAAUACUAAUAGGGAAACAUUUGGCCUCAAUUAAAAAAUAAAUAUUUUGCAAACGAUAGUAAUUAUUUGAAUUCACUGUUAUUCAUCUU